GGCGUCGCGGCGGCAGCGGGCGAGGCGAGACAAAGCGGCCGGGGAGGCGGGCCCGCGUCGAGUCGCUCCGCGCGGGAGAAAGACGCGCCUGGGCGAAGGAGAUCUGGAGAUUGUCUCUGAAAUGAAGCCAGGGGAAGACAAUAGGCCAAAUAGGGCUUCAGAGAAUGCGGACAUCUUUCUUCAAUAAAUCAAAGAAACUGAAAAAUUCCAAGUUUAUUUAUCCACAUGGGCUUAAUGAGAAGGAUGAAGCCUACAAGAUGAUGUGAGCGGAUUGAAAUUUGAAAAGAAUAUAUGAUUUUUAGAGGAAGAAACUCAACAUGAUUCUAAUGAUCCUCUCAUUAGGUUUUUUCUUAUAACAUGAAACAUUUUGCAGCAUCGCUCAUCAAAAUAACACAUGACCUGGAAAUCUCAAGAUCCCGGGGGAGAAAUGAGAUUAUGUGCAUUAAACCACAUGCUCUUUCAUAAGUUUGUGUAAUAUACAUUUCUUAUCAAACUACAAAUACAAACUUAUGUUCCACAUCCAUCCUUUUGUAUGACUUAAGAGAUACAAUUUAAACCCAAUUCUAAGUAUUCACUAAGUUAUGAAGAAGCAGCAGAAAUAACUGAGGUCAAUCAUGGAUACAAAUAGGUCAGAUUCUCCACAAAUUGAUGAUAAUUUUAUGAUGGAUAAAAUCAACAGUUUAAAAGUGGAACCAGAAGAUGAUAGUAAUUUUGCUUUAGAAACAAUAGAUAUAAAAACUGAGCAAGAGGACUUGAGACAGACAGAUAGCAGUGAUGAACAAGAUGAUAGAGAAAAGAAUUUCAUCCAUAACAAUUCAGGCAAAUAUAUCUCUGCAGAAAAUGAAGAUGAUUAUGGAUCUCUGUUUUCUCAGUACAGCAGCACCCUUUAUGAUGUAGCAAUGGAAGCUGUCACACAGAGCCUUCUUUCAAGCAGAAAUAUAAGCUCCCGAAAAAAGUCUCCUGCUUGGAACCAUUUCUUCAUAUCUCCUAGAGACAGCACUAAAGCAAUAUGUAUGUACUGUAUGAAAGAAUUUAGUAGGGGCAAAAAUGAAAAAGACCUAAGUACAAGUUGUCUCAUGAGGCAUGUGAGGAGAGCUCAUCCCACUGUGCUCAUUCAGGAAAAUGGAAAUAUGGCGUCUAUCUCUUCCUUUUCUUCACCUACAUUAUUAAUCCCACCACAGCCUGCCGAUGUUGGAGAUUUAACUAGUGUGCUAGCUCCCAUAAAAUUAGUUAAGAAAACUGUUUCCAAGAUUCCAUCCCCAGAUCAAAUAACUGAGGAUUCUGUUCCUGUAGUUUCUACUGAAGAGAUGCCUUCAGACAUGUUACAUCUUGAAAAGAGCAAUAAAGAAGGCAGUGGUGGAUUGUGUCAACCCUUUCCCAACAACCAAUGUGAAGAAACGGUGGAAAAUGUAGCAGAGAAAACGGUCCAGGUUCCUAAGAGUACAUCUGGGUCCAGAAGAAGGUCUGCCGUCUGGAAACAUUUCUAUUUAUCUCCUUUAGAUAAUUCAAAAGCUGUUUGCAUCCACUGUAUGAAUGAAUUCAGUAGAGGGAAGAAUGGGAAAGAUCUUGGAACCAGUUGCUUAAUACGACACAUGUGGAGAGCCCAUCGUUCUAUUGUUCUACAAGAGAAUGGAGGUGGUUCAAGCAUACCCCCUCUGUAUUCUGCUUCUCCAACUUUGUUGCAACCUAUACUGCCUUCAGAUGGUGAUCCAAACUCUGGGUCAUCUCCUGCAAAAGUAGCUAAAGAACCAACAUCUAUAUGUUCUUCUCCGGACAGAAUGGCAGAAGAAAACAAUUCUUCUCUUCCUUUGGGGGAUACCCUUAUGGAGGACUCCUCGUUGUUGUCGUCAUCUGAAGAUAUAGGUGAAGCUUCUUUAGUUUCUUCCCCUGAGAAAAGCCCUUUGAUAUUUGAACACGGCUCUGUUUUUCAUCAAAAUAAACGAAUGAUGCGAAAGCUGAAGUCGGAAGUAUGGCAUCAUUUUUCUUUGUCUCCAGGCGACAGUCUAAAAGUUGUGUGUAGACACUGCAAUUGCAUUAUAAAUCGCGGGAAAAAGGGUGAUGUAGGCACAAGUUGUUUGACGAGACAUUUAUACAGACGUCACCCUGAAGUCGUUGGGAUCCAGAAGAGCUUUAUAGAUGUGAGUUUAGCAAAUUCUCCUUAUGCUACCUUGGCUUCUGCAGAGUGUUCAUCGUCAAAAUUGACUGACUUACCCACAAUGGUUUCUAAUGAGAGACAAGUCAUAUUUCCUGUCAGUAGCAAAAAGACCUCAAAACUGUGGAAUCAUUUUUCAAUUUGUUCUGCUGAUUCAACUAAAGUAAUAUGUAUGCACUGUGGACGUACAAUAAGUCGAGGGAAAAAGCCAACCAAUCUAGGUACAAGUUGCCUUUUAAGACAUUUACAACGGUUUCAUAACAAUGUCCUAAAACCAGAUGCCUCCGAGCCAGUAUUGUCCUCUUCUGCAAAUAGUCACGUGCCACUGAGCACUGAUAUGUUGGGGUCGUCAUCUUUCGAUGAAACCAAUGACAAGUUUUCUGACACUCACCCUGUUGCCAAAAAAAUUACCAGUCUUGUAGCAGAAAUGAUUGCACUUGACCUUCAGCCAUAUUCUUUUGUAGACAACAUUGGCUUUAAUCGACUGCUUGAAUUCUUGCAGCCUCAGUAUUCGUUACCUUCGCCAUCUUAUUUUUCUCGUACUGCAAUUCCUGAUAUGUAUGAUAGCGUGAAAGAAAUAAUCGUUUCACAUCUGAAAGAAGCUGAAAGCGGAGUAGUCCAUUUUACAUCAGGAAUAUGGAUGAGCAACCAGACUCGAGAAUAUCUUACCCUUACUGCUCACUGGGUAACGUUUGAAUCUAGGGUUCGACCACAGUGUGAAGAUUACCAUUGCUCCGCUCUUUUAAAUGUAUCGCAGAUUGAUUGCGACUACAACGGCAUCAGCAUUCAGAAGCAGCUAGAAUAUUGGUGGGAAGCCUGGAUUGCAUCAAUUGGGCUUCAGGUUGGGAUUACUGUUACAGAUAAUCAGACUAUAGGAAAGACUUUAAACGAAGGGGAGCAUUCAAGUGUGCAGUGCUUUGGUCACACGGUUAACCUCAUAGUAACCGAAGCUAUUAAAAGCCAGAGAAUGGUUCAGAACCUGCUUAGUAUUGCAAGAAAGAUCUGUGAACGGGUUCAUCGGUCAGCGAAAGCAAGGGAGAAACUGGCAGAUCUGCAGAAGGAGUAUCACUUGCCGCAGCACCAGCUGAUCCAAGACGUUCCAUCAAAGUGGAACACGUCCUUCCAUAUGCUUGAACGCCUAAUUGAACAGAAAAGAGCAAUUGAUGAAAUGUCCGUAGAGUGCAGCUUCAGGGAGUUAAUAAGCUGUGAUCAGUGGAAAGUAAUGCAGUCUGUCUGUCACGCACUUAAACCGUUUGAAGUGGCAAGCCGAGAGAUGAGUACACACAUGUCCACUCUAAGUCAAGUAAUUCCAAUGAUUCAUAUACUCAACCGGAAAAUUGAGCUGCUGUUUGAAGAAACGAUGGGCAUCGAUACCAUGCUAAAGUCCUUAAAGGAAGCUAUGGUGAGUAGACUGUCCUCCACACUUCAUGAUCCACGGUAUAUUUUUGCUACACUUUUGGACCCUCGUUAUAAAGCUUCCUUAUUCACCGAAGAGGAGGCGGAGCAGUAUAAACAGGACUUAAUCAGGGAGCUGGAAAUACUAAACGCUACCUCAGAUGAUGAGAAACCUGUUUCCAAUGGCUGUGGUACAGGUUCAUCAUCUAAAAACUCUUACGGGGACAAUAAUCUUUGGUCACUUAUGGAAGACAUGAAAAAAGCAAAAGCUCCAAAAGAAAAGGCCAAGUUGCCAGAAGAGAUGGUGCUUUUGUACUUAGAGGAAGAAGUACUUGAGCAUAACUGUGAUCCCCUAACUUACUGGAACUUUAAGAAAUCAUCUUGGCCAGUACUGUCAAAGUUAGCAGUUCGAUUCCUCGGUUGUCCUCCAAGCAUUGUCCCAUCCGAGAGAUUGUUCAGUACAUCCAAUGAAAACAUCAGCUUUAGUCAGUCAAGGCUAGCAAUGGAACACUUUGAGAAACUUAUAUUUUUGAAAGUAAAUCUUCCUUUGAUAUACUUCCAGUAUUGAACAAGCUGCCAGUCUAAAAAAAAUUGUUGCUCACUGGGUAAUUACUGUAUUUGUAACUUGGAUUGUUAAAUUGCUCCAGAAGGGGCCAUGUAUGACAUCUUAAUCAUUGACUGUAGUUCCAAAUUCUAGUUUUAUUUUUAAGCUUUCUAUAUGUCUACAUGUGCCUUAUUAAUAGUCCUUCAGGCCAGAUAUUGUAUAUAUGUGGGUUUUUUUUAAGUUCAUAUUAGAAUUUAGACAUGUCUUCGUCCUGAUAAUACAAAAUUAUGUUGGUUUUAAUUGAGAAUUGUAAAUGAAGUUUUAAAACAGUUUGAAUAGAAUGGCAAAGAAAGAGAUGUAAACAGUUCUAUUAUGUAGUUUUUUAUUCAAUUAUGUAAAAACCAUAAACCAGGUACUGUAUAUUAGUUGAAAUUUGCUUUAAUUACACAAAACAUUUUGUAGCUGUCAGAAGAAAGCUGUACAUAAAGGUGGAAUUGAAGCCAUCUUUCUAUUUAGCAGGUUUUAACUGCAGGCCUAAUGUACUUAAAGGGUAAUGAUGAUAUUCAAGUGUGAUGUAUGUGUACUAAGGGUGGCUAUUGAAUUAGUAUUUGACUAAAUUAAAUUUAGAGGUAUUACAGAACAUCAGUUAUACAGUAAUCUAUAAUCUUGCCAUUCAGUGGUCCCUAUUCAGGUUUUUUUUUUACACUGUAACUGAAUUAGAGCUUGAGUAUUUAUAAGGUCUUUGGGAUGUUUAUUUUCAUUUUUUUCCAAUUAAUGUUUGUUAUUUAAUACAGUUUAUUGAAAGGUAAAAUAUAAAGAGUAGGUAUUAUGCUAAAGCCUUUAAAAUUGAGUACAACAAGACAUCCGAUAUUUCUUGGUGUAAAAAUUAAGUCUUGGUUUCCCAUGUAAUUGAAAAAUGUGCAUGACAUCCUCUUGCAUUCCUGUUAAAAGAAUAUGAUUCUCUAUGAAUAUAACCCUUACAGUUUGGUGCCCAGCCUAGAAUACUAUAUAGUAGAUCUGACCCAUAAUUGACAGUGUCCAUCAGGCAAAUAAAAUAUUGUAGAACCCUUUAAACCUCUAACUGAGGUAAGAAUAGCCAGCAUUUUAAUUGUAAACAGUAUGGUCUCAACUUUUUUUUAAUAUUAAGAUUUGUUUCCCCAUUUUUUUGUGCAUUGAUGAAAUUCUUUAGGGGAAAUGAAUUGACUAUGACCUUUAGGAAAGAUGUAGUUUUGUUAAAAUACUGUACCUCUGCCUAAUUUUUGCAUUUACUAUGUUUUAGUGUAUUUAUAAAUGGUGAACUCAGUUUCUGAAAUUAAACCUCUUAUUUGCAAUUUUUA